AAAAAAAUGAAGGUGAACGUAGGAAAAUAUUGGGAUGGAGAGAGAAAAUAUUUUUUGGGAAGAAGAGCUACAAAAAAAUAAUUUGUAAUUCUUGAAACUUUCUAACCGUUGGAUAUCUAAGUAGUUAAUUCGACGGUCCUCAUUAGAUACAGCAGAUAGGGGAAGGUGCUGCCGCUGCAGAGGCUCCGGAUUCUUGAAAUACCACGGCUCACAGUAUUCUUAUCUUCUCUCUCACACUAUCCUAAUUCAACCUAACACAUUCCAGAUCCAGUGGCGAUGGCGUAUGCUUCUCUGUCGAAUGUUAGCGCGAUUUUAGCUCCACAAUGUGUCUCAUCUACCAAAAGUAGGAGCGCAGUUUGCUCCUUUGGGUAUGCGAAGCUUCGGAAAUCUUCAUUUUCAUCGUUGAACUCUUUGUCCGGUUCGUUCUGCCUCUCUUCGGAUUUUCCAGUUAGGAGCAGAGGUGGCUUUAAGCCUCACUCAGUUCGAGCUAUGGCUGAAGAAGCAACUGUUCAAUCAAAAGUGACACACAAAGUUUAUCUUGAUAUAAGCAUUGGAAACCCUGUAGGAAAGCUUGCUGGAAGAAUUGUAAUUGGCUUGUAUGGUGAUGACGUGCCACAAACUGCAGAAAACUUCCGUGCUUUAUGCACAGGGGAGAAGGGUUUUGGCUACAAAGGUUCCUCAUUCCACCGUGUUAUUAAGGAUUUCAUGAUCCAAGGUGGAGAUUUUGACAAAGGAAAUGGCACAGGCGGUAAAAGUAUAUACGGGCGUACAUUCAAAGAUGAAAACUUUAAGCUGGUUCACACUGGACCUGGAGUUGUUAGCAUGGCAAAUGCUGGCCCCAAUACCAAUGGGAGCCAAUUUUUCAUCUGUACUGUCAAGACACCAUGGCUAGACCAGAGACAUGUUGUGUUUGGACAAGUCUUGGAAGGCAUGGAUGUUGUAAGGCUGAUUGAAUCUCAAGAAACAGACAGAGGUGAUCGUCCGAGGAAGAGAGUGGUUGUUAGUGACUGUGGUGAACUUUCAGUCGCUUAGGUUGGAUUUACUUCUAUUCAGUAGAAGACUCGGCUGUUUUGUGGCAAUCAAAAGUUUUUCUCAUGUCAGCUGAAGUCUUAGAUUAGGGGCUGUCUAUUUCAUGAGGCUUGUCAACUGGAAGUAGUAUCAGUAUGUUGAGGAAAUUGGAUGAAAUUGUAGUUGUAUCUUAUUUCAGAUGCUACCUUUGAGUUGUUUCUAUUUAAUGUUGAACCGAAAAAUUGUAGUAUUAUAUCUGCUCCCAGAGAUUUUGCCCAUAAUUAUAAUAAUCUAGCGGAUAUAUGAUGGGAUAUAUGAUGGUAGUUACGCGUA